AUGCCAGUGAUUGUGAGAAGUUGGUUCCUGGGUCGAAUUGACUAUUGUCGUGCUCUUAAACUACAGGAGAGUUUAGUUGACCUUAACUGUCGAUCAGAAAACAAGUGUCCAGCUCACACGAUUCUAAUGCUGGAGCAUGACCCAGUGUAUACCGUUGGGAUUCGUUCAAAAUCCUGUACUCAAGAGCAGCAAGAAGAGCUGCAAAGAUACGGUGCCCAGUUUAUUAGAACUAACCGCGGUGGUUUGAUUACAUACCAUGGACCUGGCCAGCUUGUGGCUUACCCAAUCGUCAAUCUCCGAGGGUCAGAAAUGGCCGGUAGAGGUUUAAAGUGGUUCAUUGAUGCUCUGGAGCAGUCAGGUUAUGAAGUUUGCCGAGAAUUCCGAGGCGAUAGCUUUUAUAAGGGCAGUGUUCUGUUCCCCGAUAUAACUGGUGCUACCGGUGUUUGGCUAAACAAGCACAAUAAAAUUAUGUCUAUUGGUGUACAUUGCACUCGCAGUAUAAUCCAUCAUGGCGUCGGUCUGAAUUGCACUAUGGACCCACUCAAGUGGUUUGACAAGAUUGCUCCGUGCGGUCUUUCUGACUGCAGGAUGACAUCGUUGGAAUCUGUCAUCGGAACGAGAAUUACUCCGGCUGAGGUGGCUCCGAAGCUCUCAGAACGACUAUUCGUCAAUCUUUUCAACCACCAGGUCAACUUGGGGUGUACCUUUUCUAACUUUUUGGCAGAGGAAAACUCGCUCUCCUGGGACGAAGUUGUUCGACUCAUCCUCGAAGACGCCGACUUUAGAGCAAAAGCUAUUCAAGUAGCUUGGGAUAAACCACCCCAACUUUGGUGA